AUCACAUGCGCUUACAGAACAGAACAACCGCAAAACUAAACCCUCUCUUCUUCUUUCUCCUUUCGUUUCACUCAAAACAUUUCACCUUCUCUAUACCCUCAAACCUCGCAGCAAUCGCCACCGUCACAAGAGAAGGCGAUUCCGGCCGCCGAGACUUCGUCUGCUAAAUCACCGCACCAAUCGGCAAUCGUAGUACCGGUGCUCUCACAACCCUAUCAGCUCAUUCAGCAGAGGUUAAAGAACCAUUGCUUGAGCUAGAUCAUCAGAUUGUUGAUUACAUUUGAUGAUUUAUUGUAUGGUGAAUGCUACAAAUUGAUAAUUUUUUUAUAGAUUAAGCAAUCGAAGAGAAAGGAGAGUGGGUAAGAAUGGUGCGAGUCUUAUGAUUUUGUUGAGACGUGUUCACUUUGAAAUUUUAUUGCCUAAUAUUUCAAUGCAUUGUUAACAUUUUCAUGUGACUCUAGGGAAAGUUGGUUAACUUUAACUAAUUCAGACAAAUCUAUUCUUUUGUCCAACUGUGAACUUUGUUAGUCCCUUCCGCCUCCGCAAGAAUCAACCCGCAUCCAAAACCUCACCACCUUGUAACGAUGAUACUAAAACGCCUCUUUCAAUUUUCUCAUUCCAUCUCCAUUCCCACCACUCUUCGCCCCUUUCACUCUUCUUCAUCGUCAUCAUCAUAUUCCUCACUUUCUCCUGCCCUUUCCGAAUCCCUUUCUCACUUCCACCAUACCCUCCAAGACUACCCCAAUUCAAUACCAUCUUAUUCAUCCUGCAACACUCUCAUAGAUAACCUACGAAAAGCAAAACACUACGACCAUGUAAUCUCUGUUCAUUCCAAAAUGGCCAGUGUUUCUGUUUUCCCCUGUUUCACUUCUUUAUCUGCUUUGAUUGAAAGUUUUGUAAAUACCCAGAAGCCAAGUUUUGCUUUUGGGGUCUUGGGGUUGAUUAUGAAGCGUGGUUUUCAUUUAAAUGUGUAUAAUUUCAACCUUUUGUUAAAGGGUUUUUGUCAAAGUGGUGAUAGUCAUAAGGCUAUGGAUUUGUUUUGUAUGAUGAAGAGGAAUUGUUUGAUUCCUGACUGUGUUAGUUAUAAUACGGUUAUUAAUGGACUUUGUAAAGGUAAGAGAUUGGUUGAAGCUAAGGAAUUGUUUAAGGAGAUGAAGGGUGGAGAAUGUAAGCCGAACUCUGUUACGUUUAGUGCUUUGAUUGACGGGUUUUGUAAGAAUGGGGAUGUUGAGGAGGGUUUUGGAUUAUUGGAGGAGAUGGAGAAGAUGGGUUUGGAGGGUGAUGUGUUUGUGUAUAGUGCUUUGAUUAGUGGAUUUUGUAGCAAAGGUGAUAUUGAGAGGGGGAAGGAGCUUUUUAACGAGAUGUUGAGAAAGAAUGUCACUCCUAAUGUUGUUACUUACAGUUGUUUGAUGAAUGCUCUUUGCAAGAAACAGAAGUGGAAAGAAGCAGCGCAAAUGUUAGAUACUAUGACGGGUUGUAAGGUUCGUCCUGAUGUUGUUGCGUAUACGGUUUUAGCUGAUGGACUAAGCAAAAAUGGGAGGGCAUCCGAUGCAAUUAAAGUGUUGGAUUUGAUGGUGAAAAGGGGGGAAGAGCCAAAUAAUGUAACAUAUAACGCCAUCAUAAAUGGACUUUGUAAAGAAGGUCGGGUAGAUGAUGCACUCGGGAUUCUGGAAACUAUGGCAAAGAAGGGAAAGAAACCUGAUGUGGUUACCUACAGUACGUUAGUGAAAGGACUAUGUGGAGUUGGAAAAAUUGACGAGGCUGUGGACCUUUUGAACCUGUUAAUGAGCAAAGAGUUCCAUAUAAAGCCUGAUGUCUUCGCAUUUAAUUUGGUAAUUCAAGAACUUUGCAAACAACGGCGUCUUCGUCAUGCCAAAAGGGUCUACUAUACAAUGGUUGAAAGGGGAUUCCCAAGCAACAUAGUAACUUACAAUAUUUUGAUCGAUGGUUAUCUGAGCGCUGGAAAGCUUACCAAGGCAUUGGAAUUAUGGAAGGAUGCAGUUGACUCGGGAAUUUCCCCCAACGCUGCGACCUAUACUGUCUUGAUUAAUGGUCUUUGCAAAAUGCAAAUGCUAAGUAUUGCAAAAGGACUUUUCAAUAAAAAAAGAGCUUCUGGAACUAGACCGACAGUGAGUGAAUACAAUACAUUAAUGGCAUCCUUAUGCAGAGAAAGUAGUGUGGAGCAAGCUAGGAACUUAUUUCAAGAAAUGAGAAAUGCGAAUCACGAUCCUGAUGUUGUCUCGUUUAAUAUAAUAAUCGAUGGAACGCUGAAAGCAGGAGAUGUUGAAUCAGCCAAAGAAUUGCUAUUGGAGAUGCUUAACAUGAAUUUGGUCCCUGACAAUAUUACAUUUUCAAUAUUAAUAAACAGGUUCUUAAAACUUGGGCAGUUAGAUGAGGCCGCAUCACUUUAUGAGAGAAUGGUUUCUUGUGGUCAUGUACCAGAUGCUGUGUUAUUUGAUUCUUUGCUAAAGGGGUAUAGUUUAAAGGGAAAGACAGAAAAAGUUGUUUCCAUGCUUCAACAAAUGGCCGAUAAGGAUGUUGUUCUGGACUCGAAAUUAACUUCGACCAUCUUAGCUUGCCUAUGUAACAUGUCAAAAGAUGUUGAUAUAGAGAAGAUACUUCCAAAAUUUUCACAACAUACAUCUGUAGGAGCAAGUAUUAAAUGUAAUGAACUUUUGAUGAAACUGAAUAAGGUUCAUCCAGAGCUUCAGUUAUUAGUUGCUUGAUGGUUUUUGUUGUGGCGCCAGGACUCUAUUAAGUUGAAUAGCCAAAGUUGUCAAGUUUAGUUUCAUUUCAGAUUCUUGUUGUGUCUAAUGCUAGGACAAACUUGUUCAGUCUUUGGGUUUGAUUAGUAAUGCAAAUAUACUGGUUGCAAACACUGCCAUGGGCACAGGCAAGGUGAAGAUAUACGGAGCCCGUGUUCGUGUUGACUCCAUGUCUAAAGUUGCUGAGAUUGAAGAAGCUGAGAAGGAGAAAAUGAAAGAAAAGAUAAACAAGAUUAUCGCUCAUGGCAUCAAAUCCUUUGUUAACAGACAGUUGAUGUAAAAUUUUCCAGAGGAGCUCUUUGCUGAUGUAGGAAUAUUGGCUAUUGAGCAAGCUGAUCUUGAUGUUAUUGAGCGUCUGGCUCUGGUACCUGAUGGUGAAAUUGCGUCAUCCUUUGACAACCCGGAGUCUGUUAAGCUUGGGCUCUGUGGCCUUAUUAAAGAGAUUAUUAUUGGUGAGGAUAUAUUGAUUAAGUUUUCUGGUGUUGCAAUGGGGCAGGCAUGCACAAUAGUUCUGAGAGGUGCUAGCCACCAUAUUCUUGAUGAGGCGGAGAGGUCAUUGCAUGAUGCCGUGUGUGUGCUAUCUCAGACUGUCAAUGACAGCAGGUUGUUGCUUGGAGGCCGGUGGCCUGAAAUGGUAACGACAAAGGAAAUUGAUGCAUUGGUUAGGAAAACUCCAGGAAAAAGUCUCUUGCAAUGGAGGAGGCAUUUUCCCAACAACCAUUACUGAUAAUGCUGGUUUGGACAGUGCUGAGUUGAUUUCUCAGCUCCGUGAUGAGCACCAGAACGAGGAUGUACUGCUGGAAUUGAUGUCAUCUCUGGUUCUGUAAGUCCACAAUACUGAGAAUUGCGUGGAUUUAUUUCAGUGAACAUGACUUUGAAAUGCUACAUCUUGAUGUAUUUCCGUGAUUUAUUUCUUUGUAGCAGAGUUCUGUUUCUGAUCACUGCAUCCAUGCUGGUUAAUAAAACUGGCUUGAUAAUAAUGAGGUAAAAUAAUGAGUUAGAACAUUUUGUCACGUGUAAAUAAUCUUUUGUUUUUUCCUUCACAAUUGCAUUUUCCUUCAAGAUUAUCUGACCAUAUCAAAUCGUGUUUCUUUAGCUUGACAACAAAGAUCUUUACUUCUCGUAAAAUAAAACAAAGAUCUUCACUUUCUGCUCCUCAAUAACUUCCUUGUACUCAAACACAUGUUCAGCAAUUUAAAAUCAAUCAACUAACUCAUCCAAACAUCUUCUCUUUGGAAUUCUAAAAUGUUUAUCAUGAUAUUAGAAAAGACAGCCCGGUGCACUAAAGCUUCCACAUACACAGGGUUCGGGAAGGGGGAGCCUUGGUGCAACAGUAAAGUUCAUGUCACGUGACUAUAAGGUCAUGGGUUCAAGUUAUGGAAACAGUCUCUUGCUCUCACGUGACCUUUUAUCAUGGUAUUAUUAUUAUUAUUGAUUUUAAAUUUUUGGCUAUGUCAAUGACUGCCUUUAGUUGAUGAAGAGUUUUAAAGACUGGAGGCGUCAUCUUCAAAUCUUCAUCGCUGUGCUUCUAACAAGGCAGGUUGAAGACAAACAUUAGAAGUGUGUAAUUUUGGCAUAAUAUAUAGAACACAAUUUUGGCAAAAGAAGAAGCACUUCUAAGGUAGAGAACGCAUCCAAAGUCAACAUUGUGAUCUAUGCUUUUUGCAAAUGACAUAUUCAUACUUGAAAAGUUGAGAGAGGAAUUAGAUGUGAAGUUGAAGACAAACAUUGGAAGUGUGUAAUUUUGGCAUAAUAAGAAGCACUUCUAAUGUAGAUGUGAAAGUUGGAGGUCAUGUCAUGCCUCAAGCUACGCAGUUUAAAUAUCUUGAGUCCAUAGUGCAAAACCAUGGAAAAAUAUAAAAAAAAUUAAAUCAUUAAAUUUGAGUGGAUUGGUUGAAAUAGAGGAGUGUCUCGGAUUUUUUAUUUGAUUUUUUA